CUCCUCCUCCUCCACCUGCCGGGACCAUGGAGCUGGUGGGCGCCUUGGACGUGGCGGACCUGGCCGCCGCCUUCGCCCGCCUGCCCGUCUUCCCCAUCUUCGACCUGGGCUACUUCGUGGUCUCCAUCCUCUACCUCAAAUAUGAGAAAGGCGCGGUGGAGCUGUCCCGCCAGAGCCCCCUGGCCUCCUGGGCCUGCGCCAUGCUCUACUGCUUCGGCAGCUACGUCCUGGCCGGCCUGCUGCUCGGGGAAUCUCCCCUCGACUACUUCAGCAACAACGCCAGCGUGCUCCUGGCCACGGCUGUCUGGUACCUGACCUUCUACUGCCCCUGGAACCUCUUCUACAAGUGCGUCAGCUUCCUGCCUGUCAAGCUUGUGUUCGUGGCCCUGAAGGAGGUGGUCCGGGUGCGGAAGAUUGCCGCCGGGGUCCACCACGCCCACCACCACUACCACCACGGCUGGCUGGUCAUGGUCAUCAUCGGCUUUGUCAAAGGUUCUGGUGUUGCCUUGAUGUCCAACUUUGAGCAGCUGUUGCGCGGCGUCUGGAAGCCGGAAACGAACGAACUUCUCCACAUGACUUUCCCCUCCAAGGCCAGCCUGUACGGAGCGCUGCUCUUCACCUUGCAGCAGGCGCACUGGCUGCCCGUCUCCAAGGCCGCCCUCAUCCUCUUCUUCACGCUCUUCAUGGUCACCUGCAAGGUCUUCCUGACGGCCACGCACUCCCACGGCUCCCCGUUUGCGCCGCUCGAAGGCGCCGUCUGCCCGAUUCUCUUUGGCUCCGUCCCCGCCGGCCACGACGACCACCACCACGAGCACCACCACCACGGCGGCCCCCACGAGCCCUCCCCGCCCCCUCAGCUGCCGGCCAAGUCCAGGGAGGAGCUGAACGAAGGCACCCGCAAGCGGAAAGCCAAGAAGGCCGAGUGAGCGCCCGGGAGGUCG